AAAGAGAGCGAGAGAGAGCGCGAGCUGUUACACUGUAAAAAGUUGUAGUUGAAACUCCGCCUUUUCUCCACCGGAAAUGACUCAAAAGUCAAAGUGAAAGCAGAUCAUUUUUGUGUCGAGAAAAACACGAUGCUCUUUGGAACAGAAUCGCACAGGACUCAGCUAAACUAAUACUGAGACAGCAGACAUUAGACUUUCUGAAAUAAUGUCGGGGGAGUGUGAGGAACUCAGAACAUCUGAAAUGAGUCAUCAAGAGGAGCAGCACAAGAUACAAAGUGGAAUUAAGGAAAGGUCAGUUUCUCCUGUAUCCAGCUGUGUGUCCUGUAAGAGUGACCACUCACUGCCGCUUCCUCCUAAUUUUAAAGGUGGACCAUCCUCUGUGGAAAGUGGAACUGUGGAAAGGUCAAAUUCUCCUGUAUCCAGCUGUGUGUCCUUUAAGAGUGACCGCUCACUGCCGCUUCCUCCUAACUUUAAAGGUGGAACAUCCUCUGUGAAAAGAAACCAAAAACGGAAACCAAAAAUCGACUGCAGAAAUCAGAUGGAGUCCAUAUUCAAGGAGCUGGAGCACAAAGUCAUCACUCUGUUGAAGAAUGAGCUGAACAGGUUCAAGAAGCUACUUAGUGCUGAUUUCCCAGCAUGCUCUGAGGAGGAGGAGGAGGAGGAUCUGCACUGUUUCAGAGAGGGUGUGCUGAAGAUCACACUACACAUCCUGAAGAACAUGAAGCAGAAAGAUCUCGCUCACACACUGCAGAUCAAGCUGGCCUCUGUGUAUCAGCGAAAGCUCAAAUCCAGACUUCUAGAUAAAUGUAAAAGAAUUAAUGAAGGAAUCUCACAGCAUGGGACAUCAACACUUCUGAAUCAGAUCUACACAGAGCUCUACGUCACAGAGGGUGGGAGUGGAGACGUCAAUAAAGAACAUGAGGUGAGACAGAUUGAGACAGCGUCCAGGAGACCAGCAGCAGAGGAGACACCCAUCAAAUGUAAUGAGCUCUUUAAAGACAAGUCCAUCAGAAGUGUGCUGACUAAAGGAGUAGCUGGAAUUGGAAAAACAGUCUCUGUGCAGAAGUUCAUUCUGGACUGGGCUGAAGGGAAAGAGAAUCAGGACGUCACCUUCAUGUUUCCACUUCCCUUUAGAGAGCUGAAUUUGGUGAAGCUGGGGACCUUCAGUCUGAUGAGCCUUCUUCAUCAGUUUUUCCCUGACAUUAAGGACUUGGAAGUAAUAGACAGUGACACCUACAAAGUCCUGUUCAUCUUUGAUGGUCUGGAUGAGUGUCGACUUCCUCUAAAUUUCCAGAAGAAUGAGAUGUUGAGUGAUGUGACAGAGUCAGUCUCAGUGGAUGUGCUGCUGACAAACCUCAUCAAGGGGAAUCUGCUUCCCUCUGCUUACCUCUGGAUAACCACUCGACCAGCAGCAGCCAAUCAGAUCCCUCCUGAGUGUGUAGCCCAGGUAACAGAGGUACGAGGGUUCAGUGAUCCUCAGAAAGAGGAGUACUUCAGGAAGAGGAUCAGUGAUCAGAGCCUGUCCAAUAAAAUCAUCACACACAUGAAGUCUUCCAGAAGCCUCUACAUCAUGUGUCACAUCCCAGUCUUCUGCUGGAUCUCAGCCACUGUUCUAGAGAGAAUGUUGGGUGAAGCAGAGAUUGGAGAGAUCCCCAAGACUCUGACUCAAAUGUUCACACACUUCCUGAUCUUUCAGAUCAAACACAAGGAACAAAAGUACCAUCAGAAAUGUGACCUCGAUCUUCCCCAGACCAGAGAGAGUAUCCUGGCAGUGGGAAAACUGGCUUUCCAACAGCUGGAGAAAGGAAACCUGAUGUUCUACGAGGAAGACCUGAGAGAGUGUGGCGUUGAUGUCAGAGAAGUGGCAGUGUACUCAGGAGUGUGUACCCAAAUCUUCAGAGCAGAGUCUGGACUCCACCUGGGGAAGAUGUUCAGCUUUGUGCAUCUGAGUGUUCAGGAGUUUUUGGCUGCAUUAUAUGCAUUUCUCUGCUUCCUUGACAAAAACCCAACAAAAGAACAAACCACUGAUCUUUCUGGUCUUCUCAACAUAUCAGAAAUGUCUGACUUCCUCAAGCGUGCAGUGGAUCAGGCCUUACAGAGUGACAACGGACACUUGGAUCUUUUCCUCCGCUUCCUUCUGGGCCUCUCAGUGGAGUCUAAUCAGAAGCUCAUUCGAGGUCUGCUGACACACAAAGGAAGCAGCUCUGACUGUCAGAAGGACAUAGUUGAGUACAUCAAGUCCAAGUUUGAACACAAUCCAUCUCCAGAGAGAUCCAUCAAUCUGUUCUACUGUCUGAACGAGUUACAUGAUGAUUCACUAGUGAAAGAGAUCCAAAGCUACAUGAGCUCAGGACGUCUCUCUGAAGCUGAACUCUCACCUGCUCAGUGGUCUGCUCUGGUCUUUGUGUUGCUGACAUCAGAGGAGGAUCUGGAAGUGUUUGAGCUACAGAAUUUCAUAAAGUCAGAUGAAUGCUUUAAGAGACUGCUACCAGUCGUCCGGGAAGCCACAAGAGUUCUGCUCAGCGAGUGUAACCUGACAGAGAGAAGCUGCUCGGCUUUACACGCAGUUCUCAGCUCAGAAUCCUCCAAGCUGACUGAGGUGGAUCUGAGCAGUAAUCCUCUGGAGGACUCAGGAGUGAAGCUGCUUUGUGCUGGACUGAAGAGUCCAAACUGUAACCUGGAGAAACUGAGACUUUCAGACUGCAGUAUAACAGAGGAAGGAUACGCUGCUCUGGCUGAAGCUCUGAAAUCAUCACACCUGAUAGAGCUGGAUCUCAGAGGGAACGACCCUGGAGCAUCAGGAGUGAAGCUGCUCACUGAUGUACUACAGGAUCCACACUGUACACUGGAGACACUGAGUCUGUUGAAAAGUGAGGCAGAGGAAGCCUGUGCUUCUUUAACUGAAGUUCUGGGUCCAAACCCUUUACUGCAGAGAGAACUGGAUCUGAGUGGGAAAAUAUCUGGAGACUCAGGAGUGAAGCAGCUCUCCGCUCUACUGAAGGAUCCACACUGCAGACCUGAGAGACUCAGACUUUCAGACUGUAAUAUUAAACAGGAGGGAUAUGCUGCUCUGGCUGAAGCUCUGAAAUCAAACCCCUCAUCACACCUGAUGGAGCUGGACCUCAGAGGGAACGACCCUGGAGACUCAGGAAUGAAGCAGCUCAGGAAUUUAAUAAAUGAUCCAAAAUGUAAAAUGAAGACACUGAGGUUGCUGAAAAGUCCUGAUGCACAGAAAGCUUAUGAUCAUCUGAGUGAAGUUCUGGGUAUAAACCCGAUACUGCAGACGGAUCUGGAUCUGAGUGGGAAAAUAGAAGGAGACUCAGGAGUAGAGCAACUCUCUGCUUUACUGAAGGAUCUACUGAAGGAUCCACACUGCAGACCUGAAAAACUUCAGCUCAGUGAGUGUAAUCUGACAGAGAAAGGAUGUUCAGCUCUGCUCACAGCUCUCAGAUCAGAAUCCUCCACCCUGAGGGAGCUGAAUCUGAGUAAGAACAGGAUUCAGGAUUCAGGAGUGAAACUGCUCUCUGCAGAACUGAAGAAUAAAGACUGUAAACUGGAGACUGUGAGACUUUCAGACUGCAGAAUAACAGAGGAAGGAUACGCUGCUCUGGCUGAAGCUCUGAAAUCAUCACACCUGAUAGAGCUGGAUCUCAGAGGGAACGACCCUGGAGCAUCAGGAGUGAAGCUGCUCACUGAUGUACUACAGGAUCCACACUGUACACUGAAGACACUGAGUCUGUUGAAAAGUGAGGCAGAGGAAGCCUGUGCUUCUUUAACUGAAGUUCUGGGUCCAAACCCUUUACUGCAGAGAGAACUGGAUCUGAGUGGGAAAAUAUCUGGAGACUCAGGAGUGAAGCAGCUCUCCGCUCUACUGAAGGAUCCACACUGCAGACCUGAGAGACUCAGACUUUCAGACUGUAAUAUUAAACAGGAGGGAUACGCUGCUCUGGCUGAAGCUCUGAAAUCAAACCCCUCAUCACACCUGAUGGAGCUGGACCUCAGAGGGAACGACCCUGGAGACUCAGGAAUGAAGCAGCUCAGGAAUUUAAUAAAUGAUCCAAAAUGUAAACUGAAGACACUGAGGUUGCUGAAAAGUCCUGAUGCACAGAAAGCUUGUGAUCAUCUGAGUGAAAUUCUGGGUAGAAACCCGAUACUGCAGACGGAUCUGGAUCUGAGUGGGAAAAUAGAAGGAGACUCAGGAGUAGAGCAACUCUCUGCUUUACUGAAGGAUCCACACUGCAGACCUGAAAAACUUCAGCUCAGUGAGUGUAAUCUGACAGAGAAAGGAUGUUCAGCUCUGCUCACAGCUCUCAGAUCAGAAUCCUCCACCCUGAGGGAGCUGAAUCUGAGUAAGAACAGGAUUCAGGAUUCAGGAGUGAAGCUGCUCUCUGCAGUACUGAAGAAUAAAGACUGUAAACUGGAGACUGUGAGAAAUCCUCUUCAUCUGUUCGUACACAGACACUGGAGCGCCCGAGUCACACUACAUGGACUUUCAGACUGCAGUAUAACAGAGGAAGGAUACGCUGCUCUGGCUGAAGCUCUGAAAUCAUCACACCUGAUAGAGCUGGAUCUCAGAGGGAACGACCCUGGAGCAUCAGGAGUGAAGCUGCUCACUGAUGUACUACAGGAUCCACACUGUACACUGGAGACACUGAGGUUGUUGAAAAGUGCUGAUGCAGAGGAAGCCUACAAGUGUCUUACUGACAUUUUCAGAAGAAACCCCUUACUGCACACGGAGCUGGAUCUGAGAUACAAGACACCUAAACACGUCAAAGUGAAGCAUCUCUCGGCUCUGCUGCAGGAUCCACAUUACAGACUGCAGAAACUUAGGUUGUAUAAAGGAGGCAGUAUUACAGAAGAUGACUGGUCACAUUUGACUUCUGCUCUGGUUUUAAAUCCUUCACACCUGAGAGCGUUGGAUCUAAACAGGAAUAAAGCAGGAGAGUCUGGAGUGAGAAAUCUGUGUGAUUUCCUGAAGAAUCCUAAAUGUAACCUGCAGAAACUAAAACUUUCAGACUGCAGUAUAACAGAGGAAGGAUACGCUGCUCUGGCUGAAGCUCUGAAAUCAUCACACCUGAUAGAGCUGGAUCUCAGAGGGAACGACCCUGGAGCAUCAGGAGUGAAGCUGCUCACUGAUGUACUACAGGAUCCACACUGUACACUGGAGACACUGAGUCUGUUGAAAAGUGAGGCAGAGGAAGCCUGUGCUUCUUUAACUGAAGUUCUGGGUCCAAACCCUUUACUGCAGAGAGAACUGGAUCUGAGUGGGAAAAUAUCUGGAGACUCAGGAGUGAAGCAGCUCUCCGCUCUACUGAAGGAUCCACACUGCAGACCUGAGAGACUCAGGCUGAGUAAGAGCGGUAUUACAGAGAGAGGCUGUACUGAUCUGAUAUCAGCUCUUACUGCAAACCCUUCACACCUGACAGAGCUGGACCUGAGUGAGAACACACUGGGAAAUCCAGGAGUGGAGAAGAUCUCUACUCUACUAAAGAGUUCAUCCUGCAAACUCCAGAAGCUUGUACUUUCAGACUGUAAUAUAACAGAGAAAGGAUACACUGCUCUGACUAAAGCUCUGAAGUCAAACCGCUCAUCACACCUGAUAAACCUGGACCUCAGAGGGAACGACCCUGGAGACUCAGGAAUGACGGAGAUUAGGAGUUUGAUGAAUGAUACAGAAUGUAAACUGACACUGAGGUUGCUGAAAAGUCCUGAUGCACAGAAAGCUUGUGAUCAUCUGAGUGAAGUUCUGGGUAUAAACCCGAUACUGCAGACGGAUCUGGAUCUGAGUGGGAAAAUAGAAGGAGACUCAGGAGUAGAGCAACUCUCUGCUUUACUGAAGGAUCUACUGAAGGAUCCACACUGCAGACCUGAAAAACUUCAGCUCAGUGAGUGUAAUCUGACAGAGAAAGGAUGUUCAGCUCUGCUCACAGCUCUCAGAUCAGAAUCCUCCACCCUGAGGGAGCUGAAUCUGAGUAAGAACAGGAUUCAGGAUUCAGGAGUGAAGCUGCUCUCUGCAGUACUGAAGAAUAAAGACUGUAAACUGGAGACUGUGAGACUUUCAGACUGCAGUAUAACAGAGGAAGGAUACGCUGCUCUGGCUGAAGCUCUGAAAUCAUCACACCUGAUAGAGCUGGAUCUCAGAGGGAACGACCCUGGAGCAUCAGGAGUGAAGCUGCUCACUGAUGUACUACAGGAUCCACACUGUACACUGGAGACACUGAGACUUUCAGACUGUAAUAUAACAGAGAAAGGAUACACUGCUCUGGCUAAAGCUCUGAAGUCAAACCGCUCAUCACAGCUGAUAAACCUGGACCUCAGAGGGAACGACCCUGGAGACUCAGGAAUGACGGAGAUUAGGAGUUUGAUGAAUGAUACAGAAUGUAAACUGACACUGAGGUUGCUGAAAAGUCCUGAUGCACAGAAAGCUUGUGAUCAUCUGAGUGAAGUUCUGGGUAUAAACCCGAUACUGCAGACGGAUCUGGAUCUGAGUGGGAAAAUAGAAGGAGACUCAGGAGUAGAGCAACUCUCUGCUUUACUGAAGGAUCCACACUGCAGACCUGAAAAACUUCAGCUCAGUGAGUGUAAUCUGACAGAGAAAGGAUGUUCAGCUCUGCUCACAGCUCUCAGAUCAGAAUCCUCCACCCUGAGGGAGCUGAAUCUGAGUAAGAACAGGAUUCAGGAUUCAGGAGUGAAGCUGCUCUCUGCAGAACUGAAGAAUAAAGACUGUAAACUGGAGACUGUGAGACUUUCAGACUGCAGUAUAACAGAGGAAGGAUACGCUGCUCUGGCUGAAGCUCUGAAAUCAUCACACCUGAUAGAGCUGGAUCUCAGAGGGAACGACCCUGGAGCAUCAGGAGUGAAGCUGCUCACUGACGUACUACAGGAUCCACACUGUACACUGGAGACACUGAGGUUGUUGAAAAGUGCUGAUGCAGAGGAAGCCUACAAGUGUCUUACUGACAUUUUCAGAAGAAACCCCUUACUGCACACGGAGCUGGAUCUGAGAUACAAGACACCUAAACACGUCAAAGUGAAGCAUCUCUCGGCUCUGCUGCAGGAUCCACAUUACAGACUGCAGAAACUUAGAUUAUGGAAGAGUGUAAAUGAGAAAUCCUGCACUGAUUUGGUUUCAGCUCUCUGUACAAAUCCAUCACACAUCAGAGAGCUGGAUCUGAGUUGGUGUAAACUAGGAGACUCAGGAGUGGAGAAGCUCUGUGAUCUACUGAAGAAACACGAGUGUAAACUGGAGAAACUGCGAUUAUGGAGGAGUGUAAAUGAGAAAUCCUGCACUGAUUUGGCUUCAGCUCUCUGUACAAAUCCAUCACACAUCAGAGAGCUGGAUCUGAGUGAGUGUAGACUAGGAGACUCAGGAGUGGAGAAGCUCUGUGAUCUACUGAAGAAACACGAGUGUAAACUGGAGACACUGCGAUUGUGGAGGAGUGUAAAUGAGAAAUCCUGCACUGAUUUGGUUUCAGCUCUCUGUACAAAUCCAUCACACAUCAGAGAGCUGGAUCUGAGUUGGUGUAAACUAGGAGACUCAGGAGUGGAGAAGCUCUGUGAUCUACUGAAGAAACACGAGUGUAAACUGGAGACACUGCGAUUAUGGAAGAGUGUAAAUGGGAAAUCCUGCACUGAUUUGGUUUCAGCUCUCUGUACAAAUCCAUCACACAUCAGAGAGCUGGAUCUGAGUGAGUGUAGACUAGGAGACUCAGGAGUGGAGAAGCUCUGUGAUCUACUGAAGAAACACGAGUGUAAACUGGAGACACUGCGAUUAUGGAAGAGUGUAAAUGAGAAAUCCUGCACUGAUUUGGUUUCAGCUCUCUGUACAAAUCCAUCACACAUCAGAGAGCUGGAUCUGAGUGAGAGUGAACUAGGAGACUCAGGAGUGGAGAAGCUCUGUGAUCUACUGAAGAAACACGAGUGUAAACUGGAGACACUGCUGUUAUAUCAGUGCAGAAUAACAGAUAGAGGCUGUGCUGCUCUGACUGCAGCUCUGAAGUUAAACUCCUCACAUCUGAAAGAUCUGGAUCUGAGACGUAAUAAACUGGGAAAUUCAGUCACACAACUCGAGGAGUUACUGAAGCGUUCAGGAGGACAGAUACGAUAUAAUAAAUCCACAUGAGUGAGACGGUUCUUCACAGUAGUACUAGACGCACCAGAGAGGAAGCAGCGUGUACAGUAAUGUAAGAAGCAGCGUGGAUUAGGGCUGCACAGUUAAUCGAAUAUUGAUCUCGGUUAAGAUUUUGACGGCCCACGAUUACAUGAACAUGAUCGACUGCCAUAUUGACGAUUAAAGUUCAUCCUCCACUGAUGGAAAACGCCGCUGCAGAUCGAAGGAAGCAUUUCCUAAACUUACAGCCAGUCACCAUAGAGCAGCGCACGGAUGACGUCAUUUUGUAAUUCCAAAAUCCAGAAACAAGUUUCCAGAAGCUGCGAGCUUCGCUUGCGCAAGGGGAAAUCAUGACAUUAACAGGUGGCUAAAUGGCACUACAGAGGUUGUAGUCAUUAUCACGCCGAACAGGAAAAACCUUUGCAGAUAAACUCAGGGCUCUACAGUGCGACCAUUUCACUCGCAUUUGCGACUUUACUUUGAUUGACAGUUUGACAGAAAGUGUAUGAUAUAACUACUCACAUCCAGAGUGUACAGUAAUGUAGGAAACAGUGUGGAUGAUGAUUACACUCAGCAGAACCAGGGCAGUAGUGGGACAGUCACUGACUCCACAAGCCCAGAAAGUCAGCCUUCAGGCAGUUUAUAUAACAUCACAGAACAGAAUAGGAGGAAAGUCAGUAACACCAGUAAUACACAGAGGCAACAAAACAGGGG